AUGGUUUCAAUUGAUUUUAAUUCUAGUAUAGUUCAAAAUAAUCAAAAUAAUUUCUCAUAUCCAGCCACUGGAAAUGAUACAAUUUCAACGACAAUCUCUUUAGAAAAACCUUCUGAUAAUAUAAAUUAUGCAAAUGAAGAAUUACCAUUUAGAGAUCCUUCUGUAAAUAUUAAUAAUAAUAAUAAUUCUAGAAAUAAUUAUAGAAAUAAUAACAACUCAAAUGUAUAUAGAAAUAACAACACCACCACCACCACAACAACAACUACAACUAGUAGUAAUUCACGACAUUCAGUUAGCAAUCAAGGUGUAAAUGGAGGAUUAUCAAGAAGAACUAAAUUUAGGAUCAUUUCAACAAUUAUAUCUUUAGUUAUUUGUAUUGUAGUUUUAGUUAUUUAUUUUGGAAAAAAUUAA